AUGGUGGAUCUUCCAGGAUACCGUCUGUCUGGUGCUGUUGCCUCCUUCAUCUUUGUACUGUUCACCAUGAAGCAGUCAGAUGACUUUAGAGUGAGUGGUCCUGCCCAUCCUAUCUUGGCCAGGGUUGGGGAAGAUGCCCUACUAACCUGUCAGCUCCUCCCCAAGAGGACGGCGAUGCACAUGGAGGUGAGGUGGUACCGCUCAGAGCCCGGCACACUUGUGUUUGCAUACCGGGAUGGAUCUGAGGUGACCGAGCUGCAGAUGGAGGAGUACAGAGGCCGGAUAGAAUGGAUAGAGGACAACAUUGCUGAGGGAAGUGUGGCUCUGAAGAUGUACAACAUCCAGCCGUCUGAUAGUGGGCAAUACUGGUGCCGUUUCCACGAGGGGAACUAUUAUGGAGAAACAAGCUUGCUGCUCAAAGUAGCAGGUCUGGGGUCUGCCCCUAACAUCCACAUGGAGGGACCUGUGGAAACUGAAGUCCAGCUUGUGUGCACUGCAAAAGGCUGGUUCCCAGAGCCCCAGGUUUAUUGGAAAGACAUCACGGGAGAGGAGUUGCUGACUGUCUCCGAGCAUCACAUCCAAGAUGAAGAUGGCCUGUUCUAUGUGGAAGCCACUCUUGUCAUUAGGAAUGCCUCUCUAGAGACCGUGUCCUGCUUCAUCCACAACCACAUCCUCAAUGAGGAGAAGGGGUCAGUCAUCUCCAUCCCAGAGAAACUCCAGACUGAGCUCGCUUCCUUAAAAGUGAUUGGACCUUCCCAGCCCAUCCUUGUCAGAGUGGGAGAGGACAUCCAAUUAACCUGCUCCCUGUCUCCCAAGACUAACGCACAGAGCAUGGAGGUGAGGUGGGUCCGAUCCCACCGUUAUCCUGCUGUCUAUGUGUAUAUGGAUGGGGACUAUGUGGAUGGAGAGCAGAUGGCAGAAUACAGAGGGAGGACAGCAUUGGUGAGUGAUGCCAUCCACGAGGGGAGGCUGACCCUGCAGAUACACAAUGCCAGAACUUCAGACGAUGGACAGUAUCGGUGCCUUUUUGAAAAAGAUGGUGUCUACCAGGAGGCCAGUUUGGAUCUGAAGAUAGUAGGUCUGGGUUCUUCCCCACUGAUCACCAUGGAGGGACUGAAGGACGGGGAAACACAGCUGAUGUGCACUUCAGAAGGGUGGUUCCCACAGCCCCACGUGCGGUGGAGGGACAUGGAAGGAAAGACAAUACCAUCAUUUUCAGAGGUCCUGACUCAAGGCAGCCAUGGGCUGUUCCAUGUGGAAACAUUUCUGUUGGUCACAAACAGUUCUCUUGUGAAUGUGACCUGCUCCAUCAGCAACCCCAUUCUCGGCGAGGAGAAAAUAGCAACUUUUUCUGUCUCAGGUUGGUGA